AUGGUCAAGGCGGCCAAAAUCCUCCCUCCUGAUCCACGACCUUGGAAAGCGGAACCAGAGAGCCGCAAACAACGCAAGGAGUUUGAGAAAGAAGCCGGGGGUUUCGACUGGGGACAGGCCCUCGCUCUCGGUCUCAUCGGUGCCACCGUCGUAUUUGGAAUCGAUAAGUCCCUCCGACGCACGGAAGAGAAGCACGAGGAAGAAGACCGGCGAGAAGAAAGACGGAGACAGAGGCAAUCGCAGUCCCGCCCGGCGAGGAGUAGUCGGAGCCAGGCUGCCUGGGACCGAGACCGGGAUAGGGGCUGCGACAGGGAUGACAAGAGCUUCCGGGACGACCACAGUGAUCGGGACUACUAUGAUCGAGAUUGGGAUGAGAGGGAGUAUAAGUCGGUAAGGGAUUACGGCCCGCCAGAGAGCGAACCUCCUGAGCCCAGGGUGCGGAUGAGGGAGGGGAGUGUACGGGAGGGUAGUGUUCGGGAUGAAAGGGAGUAUGUUCGUGCCGUUGACCAGUUUGAGAGGGAUUAUGGGUAUGGCCUGCGGUAUGACGAGCAUAAGCGCAGCCGGAGCAACCCGGCGUCUCGGUCAAGGGAUUAUUGGUGA